UCUUGAUAUAUAUAUUAUAUAUUUGUAUGUGUGUGUGAGAGAGAGAAUUGUAUAUAGUAAUACAUGUUUUUCACUCUAAGAAAAUUAAACGCAGCUCCUUUCUUUUCUAGUUUCUACUAAUAAACCCACCUACCCACCCACACACACGCAGACACACAUAGUGGAAGGUGUCCGGCCAUAUGGGAAGCGUUGGACCAGAGUUCCACGAUGGCAAAUCUCCUCCACCAGCGGCGCCGGAGCUCCGCCCUGAACUAGAUGCCGGAGCACAAUUUGUUCUCAAAUCCAGAGGAUCAUGGAUACACAGUGGAUACCAUUUGACGACGUCGAUAGUAGCGCCGCCGUUGCUGAGCCUUCCGUUUGCGUUUGCGUCGUUAGGAUGGACGGCUGGGAUUGUAAGUCUAGUCAUCGGUGCUGUCGUCACUUUCUACUCUUAUAAUUUGCUCUCUCUUGUGCUUGAGCACAACGCCCUAUUAGGUCAUCGCCAUCUCAGAUUUCGAGAUAUGGCCAAUGAUAUACUAGGCCCAAAAUGGGGAAUGUAUUAUGUUGGGCCAAUUCAAUUCCUAGUGUGCUACGGUGCAGUGGUGGGCUCCACUCUAUUGGGUGGACAGUGCAUGAAGGCAAUUUACUUGGUGUCGGAUCCAAAUGGAAAAAUGAAACUGUACGAAUUUGUAAUAAUAUUUGGUGGGCUAAUGUUAAUUUUAGCCCAAAUCCCAUCUUUUCAUUCCUUGAGGCACAUCAACUUGGUUUCUUUGGUCCUGUGCCUUUCCUACAGUGCCUGUGCUACUGCUGCUUCCAUCUACAUUGGAAGCUCAUCAAAGGGACCCAAAAAAGAUUAUUCUCUCAACAGCAAUAACCAAACUCGAAUAUUCGGUAUUUUUAAUUCAUUAGCUAUAAUUGCCACCACUUUUGGCAAUGGUAUUAUUCCAGAAAUACAGGCAACAUUAGCAGCACCAGUUAAGGGGAAGAUGUUUAAGGGGCUGUUUGUUUGCUAUGCAAUUGUAACGGCUACUUUUUUCAGUGUGUCGAUUUCUGGGUACUGGGCGUUUGGUAAUAAAGCCAAUGGCUUAAUUCUGACCAAUUUCUUGGAUGAUGGCACACCAUUGGUUCCCAAAUGGUUCAUUUUGAUGACCAAUGUGUUCACCAUUCUCCAGCUGUCGGCUGUCGCCGUGGUGUACCUGCAACCGACGAACGAGGUUCUCGAACGAACGUUUGCGGACCCCACAAAGGGGGAGUUCUCCGCAAGAAACGUGGUCCCGAGAGUGAUCUCGCGGUCGAUGUCGGUCGUUUUGGCAACCACGGUAGCUGCGAUGCUUCCGUUUUUCGGAGACAUAAAUGCUCUGAUUGGAGCGUUUGGUUUCAUGCCGCUCGAUUUCGUACUACCCUUCGUUUUCUUCAACUUGACGUUCAAACCAUCGAAGAGGGGUCCACUCUUUUGGCUCAACGCGACUAUAGCUACAGUUUUCUCGGUGUUGGCAGUUACGGCAGCAGUUGCAGCAGUUAGACAGAUUAGUCUCGAUGCCAGAACUUACCGAUUGUUCGCCAAUAUUUAAAUCAUCGAAAUUUGUAACAUGAAAUAAGGCACUUUGCUAAAUAGCUUCAAUCAAUGUGCUGUAAUUCAAAAUUCAAAUAUGAAGAAUCGAAAAAAGAAAAAAAAAUUGUAACA